AUGAUGUUUCAGAACAACACGCUAAUCGAUGGCGAGAAUCAUUUUCGUCUUCUCAUCAUCAUUUCGAUGAAUCGCACCUAUGAGCAUGAGCUUUUUGACAAAGGCGCUGUUUUCAGGACGGAUAACGGGGCUGAGUACGAGAUCGUGCGCGUUUUGGCCCAUGGGCGCUUUGGUGAUGUCUAUCAGGUGAAGCCAAAUCACACUGGCACCACUGCAAUUCGCACAGAAGACCCGCGAACUCCCGCCGAUUCGGCUCAACUGGCGACUCUCGAAACCCUCUUUAAAGCGGUGAAAGAAGUAGAAGAACAUUGGAGAGAGCAUUUACCGAUUCUCCUUGGCAAAGGCGUCGAUCCACAACCGUUUCUCCUCGUCGAGGCUUUCGAUUCGCAUCUGGAUGUGGUGAUCUCGGAAAUGAUGAACGAAAAAGCCACCAUUGAUCAACUUAGAAAAACGACUUGCUACGUGGCCUUGCAAACUCUUCGCGCCAUUCAAGAGCUUCAUCGACUCAACUAUGUGCACAGAGACGUUCGCUUGUCAGCCUUCCGUGUGCGUCGAGAUGCUGCCUGGAAAAUCGUGCUCACCUCGUUCUCCUAUGUGAAGCUGAAAGCGCGUGGAGUGAACGGAAAGAUCCAGCUGUGUAAGAUCGCCCCUCGUCUCCGCACUUCGGCCCGAUCAACGAAACUCUGGAGUAUCGGCAUGGAAGAGGCCAGAGAUGUGUACACGCGAAACGAUGAUCUUGAAUCGUGGGCUUACAUGACGGGCGAUAUGUGGGGUGUGUCGGUGUCCGGUCUUCCUUGGGAACGAUUGAGCAAGAAAGAGGCGGUCCUUCAGAUGAAAAAGGAUCUCAUCUCGCUCGAUGACAGCGGUGAUUAUGUUGAGAAUCAAACGGUGAAAGAUUUUAACGACGUAAUGCCCCCGCAUCUCCUGCACAUCAUUCGAUAUCUUUCGAUCAUUGAAGGAUCCCUUGAUUACGAGUACCUGGUGCGUAUUUGGAUGGAUCGAGUGCCUGAGUCGGCUUCACUGGGCGAUGCGGGUGAGAAAGGUCCAGUGCUGCGGGUGGCCAUGAAGGUUGAUUCGUUCGAGAAGGUUCAAACGGAACACCCGACCACUGUAAUGGGAGAUCUGACGAAAAAAGAACGCCGCCGCCGCCAACGUCGCACAGAAGUCACCGAGGGAGAUUCGAUUCGCAAGAUUCGUCUCCGAUUGAUGAAGACGCAAGAAGAUAUCUCGGCUCAGGAGGAACCACCCCAUUUACCGGCUCGAGCACGCUUCAUGAGUCGCGAGGUGACCGUUGGAGAUCAGAUCCGCGACAGGAAACGAGAGACAAGUCGAGAGACGGAUCGUACAAAAAAGCAAGGUGCGACGACUCGGCUGAGUGUGAAACUCGACAGAACGAUGGCCACCCAAGAC